CUGUGCCCCCGGGUUCCGGGGUGACCCCACGGUGCGCGGGCAGGGCUGUGUCCCCGCGGGCCCCCCGCCCGCGCUGGCCGUGCGGGUGCACCCCCCGCGCACGGCGGUGCCGCGGGGCAGCGCGGUCACCCUGCGGUGCCAGGCCAGCGGGGAGCCCCCCCUCUACUACCACUGGGGGCGGGAGGACGGCAGAGCCCUCCCCGAGGGCGCCCAGAGCCGCCGCCAAGGCGAGGAGCUGCACUUCCCCAGCAUCCAGCCCUCGGAGGCCGGAGUCUACGUGUGCUCUUGCCGCAACCUCCGGCACAGCAACACCAGCCGUGCCGAGGUCAUCGUCACCGAGACCCCCGACAAGCCCAUCACUGUCACCGUGGAGGAGAAGCGGGUGCAGCGGGUGCAGCCGGGCGCCGACGUCACCUUCGUCUGCACCGCCAAGAGCAAGUCUCCCGCCUACACCCUGGUGUGGACGCGGCAGAACCACGGGACGCUGCCCGCGGGCGCCGUGGACUUCAACGGGAUCCUGACGCUGCGCGGGGUGCGGCCCCAGGACGCCGGGGUCUACGUGUGCACCGGCUCCAACAUGCUGGACAUGGACCAGGGCACCGCCACACUCUACGUCCAGGCAGCCUCCAAGACUCAGAUGUUUUACGGCCCUGUUGAGUUCAUGGAGGGGCACAGACCGGCCGGCACCGCCACCGCGCCCACCGCCAGCGUGGAGCCGGCGCAGCUGAGCGUGGCACCGGGGCAGCCGGCGGAGUUCCGCUGCGUGGGCACCGGCAGCCCCGCGCCCACCCUCGAGUGGCUCGGAGCGCUGCCGCCUCAGGCCGUGGUGCAGGGCGGGACGCUGCGGUUCGGCGCCGUGGAACCCGCCGACGAGGGGCACUACGAGUGCCGGGCACGCAGCAGCGCCGGGCAGCACACGGCACGGGGGUACCUGCACGUGCAAGCCGCCGGCACUCCCCAGGUGCAGGUGAGCCCGGAGCGGACGGAGGUGCAGGAGGGCUCCACAGUGCGGCUCUACUGCCGGGUCUCGGGGUCCCCCACCGCCACCAUCACCUGGGAGAAGCAGGGGGGCACCCUGCCGCCUCAGUCGCGCGCCGAGCACGGUGACAUCGCCACGCUGGUCAUCCCCGCCGUGACGGCGGCCGAUGGUGGAGUCUACCUCUGCGUGGGCACCAGCGCCGCCGGCACGGCCCGCGCCGCCAUCGAGGUGGCCGUGGUGCCAGGGACGGCGCCGCCCGUCCGCAUUGAGUCCUCGUCCCCAUCCGUCACCGAGGGGCAGACCCUGGACCUGGACUGUGUGGUGGCAGGGCCCGGCUCUGCCACCGUGGUGUGGUACAAGCGCGGGGGCUCCCUGCCCGCCGGGCACCAGGUCUCGGGGUCCCGGCUGCGGGUGCCCCACGUCACGGCGGCUGACUCAGGGGAAUACGUGUGCCGGGCGAGCCUGGGCACCACCGUCCGCGAGGCCUCUGUCACCGUCACUGUCGUGGCCGCGGCCGGCUCGUCCUACGGACCCCCAGCUUCAGGUGUCCCUGUGCGGAUCGAGGCGUCCUCGUCCACCGUGGCUGAGGGACAGACCCUGGACCUCAACUGCAUCGUGGCUGGGCAGGGACAGGCCACUGUCACCUGGUACAAGCGCGGGGGGACCCUCCCGGCCAAGCACCAGGUGUCUGGCUCCCGGCUGCGGCUGCUGCAGGUGACGGCGGCCGACUCGGGCGAGUACGUGUGCCGGGUGACCAGCGGGGCCACCACCAGGGAGAGCGCGGUCAUGGUGACCAUCCAGCCCAGCGGGGCCAGCGCCUACCCCCCAGGCAACACCACCCCCCUGCACAUCGACUCCCCGUCCUCCGCCGUGGUCGAGGGACAGACCCUGGACCUCAACUGUGUCAUCGCCAGUGGCCCUGCCCAGGCCACUGUCACCUGGUACAAGCGCGGGGGGACCCUCCCGGCCAAGCACCAGGUGUCUGGCUCCCGGCUGCGGCUGCUGCAGGUGACGGCGGCCGACUCGGGCGAGUACGUGUGCCGGGUGACCAGCGGGGCCACCACCAAGGAGAUCUCCAUCAUGGUGACCAUCCAGCCCAGCGGGGCCGGCACCUACCCUGCUGGUGUCACCCCUCCUGUGCGCAUCGAGUCCUCGUCCUCCUCCGUGGCCGAGGGACAGACCCUGGACCUCAACUGCAUCGUGGCUGGGCAGGGACAGGCCACUGUCACCUGGUACAAACGUGGGGGGUCCCUCCCAGCCAAGCACCAGGUGUCGGGCACCCGCCUGCGCAUCCCGCAGGUGACAGCGGCCGACUCGGGGGAGUACGUGUGCCGGGUGACAUCGGGCACUGCCACACAUGAGACAUCCCUCAUCGUCACCAUCCAGACCGGCGCCGGCUCCUCUUACGGCGUCGGUGUCACGCCACCGGUGAGGAUCGAGACUUCGUCUGCUGCCGUCACCGAGGGACAGACCCUGGACCUCAACUGCAUGGUGGCAGGACAGGGUCACCCCCAUGUCACCUGGUACCGGCGCGGGGGGGCUCUGCCCCCCAACAGCCAGGUGUCGGGGACUCGCCUACGCCUCGCCCAGGUGGCAGUGGCCGAUUCGGGGGAGUACGUGUGCCGGGUGACCCUGGGCAGCGUCACGCAGGAGGCGUCUGUCAUUGUCACCGUGCCCAGCAGCGCCGGCACCUACUACCCCUCUGGUGUCUCCCAGCCCCUCCACAUCGAGUCCUUGUCCUCGGCCAUCGCCGAGGGACAGACCCUGGACCUCAACUGCGUGGUGGCCGGGUCCGGCCCCACCACCGUGACGUGGUACAAGCGCGGGGGGUCCCUGCCUGCUGGCCACCAGGUGUCGGGCAGCCGCCUGCGCAUCCCCCAGGUGACGGCGGCCGACUCGGGCGAGUACGUGUGCCGGGUGACAUCGGGGGGCGUCACCCAGGAGACGUCCCUCAUCGUCACCAUCGAUGACGGGGCCAACCCAUCCCACUCCUCUGCCAUCACGCCACCCAUCCGCAUCGAGUCCUCGGCGUCCUCUGUCACUGAGGGGCAGACCCUGGACCUGGACUGCGUGGUGGCCGGGGAGGGACAGGCCACCAUCACCUGGUACAAGCGCGGGGGGUCCCUCCCGGCCAAGCACCAGAUGUCGGGGUCCCGCCUGCGGCUGUCGCAGCUCUCGGUGGCCGACUCGGGGGAGUACGUGUGCCGGGCAGACACGGGCAGUGUCUCCCGUGAGGCCACUGUCACCGUCACCGUCACCUCCCGGGACAGCUCCAGCUACCGCCUGCAGAGCCCCAUCAUCUCCAUCGACCCGCACAGCAUGGCCGUGGCACCGGGGGAAGAUGCCACCUUCAAGUGCCGCAUCCACGACGGCGCCCGUCCCGUCAACGUCACCUGGCGGAUGGGACCUGGCCAGCACUUCCAAGACAACGUGAAAAUCAGCGCUAAUGGCUCGGUCAUCUCCAUCACUGGUGCCCACGUGGGCAACCAGGGCGCCUACCACUGCGUGGCCUCCAACCGCUUCGGCGUCGCCAGCAGCGUCGUCAACCUUGUGGUGCAAGGUGCCCCCACCGUGUCGGUCAUGCCACCAGGCCCCGUGACGGUGAAGGAGGGCAAAUCCCUGAGCCUGGAGUGCCUCGGGCGGGGCGAACCGCGGCCGCUGGUGCGCUGGAGCCGGCUGGGCUCCCGGCAGAAGGUGGAGCACCAGACCCUGCUGCACAUGGACAGCCAGGCCAUCCUGCAGCUCUCGCCGGCCAAGCCGGAGCACGCCGGGACCUACGUGUGCACGGCACACAGCGCGCUGGGCUCGGCGCAGGCGCGGGUGGACGUGGGCGUGGAGUCGGCGCAGCGGCACCCCGGCACCCCUGAGGUCACCGCGCCCGCCACCGUCACCGUGGUGGCCGGGGACACGGCCACGCUGCACUGCACUGCCACAGGGGACCCGAUGCCCCGGAUCGAGUGGUCGAAGCUGCGGGCACCCCUGCCCUGGCAGCACCGCGUGGUCAACGGGACCCUGGUGAUCCCUCGUGCCGCGCAGCAGGACUCAGGCCAGUACAUCUGCAAUGCCACCAGCCCCGUGGGCUCCACAGAGGUCUUCGUCACCCUGGACGUGGAGACCGCUCCGUACGCCACGGUGCUGCCGGAGGACGCCGCGGUGCGCGCGGGGGACGCGCUGCAGGUGCAGUGCCUGGCUCACGGCACCCCCCCGCUGCACUACACCUGGGCCAAGGUGAACGGGAGCCUGUCGGGGCGCGUGUCCCACCGUGCCGGCCUCCUGCGCAUCGGCCCCGCCGCCCCCGCCGACGCCGGCACCUACCGCUGCCUGGUCACCAACCGCGUGGGCACCGCCGAGGCCUUCGCCCGCGUGGCCGUCCACGGUGGCACUACUGAAGGUGUGGACAUUGGUGGUGGUCCCUUGGCCGUGCGGGUGACCCCGGGGAGCCUGGUCAAGGGAGUGGGCGGCACCGCCGAGUUCGCCUGCGCCGUGUCCGGGGACCCCCGGGCGCGUGUGGAGUGGCUGAAGGAGGGCGGGGAGCUGCCCCCCACCCACAGCGUGAGGGACGGGGUGCUGCGGAUCCCGGAGCUGGCGUGGGGGGCACAGGGGGUGUACGUGUGCCGGGCCAGCGCCCCAGGCGGGCAGGCUGAGGACAGGGCCACCCUCACCGUCCAGGCUCUCCCCAGGGCCCUGAUCAACAUCCGGACGGCCGUGCAGACGGUGCUGGUGGGGACGACAGUGGAGCUGGAGUGCCUGGGCUUGGGUGAACCGCGUCCCCACGUCACCUGGAGCAAAGUGGGGGGCCGCAUCCGGCCCGGGGUGCUGGUCCGUGCUGGCACCCUCACCAUCGAGCGGGUGGAGCGGGCGGACGCGGGGCAGUACCGCUGCACCGCCACCAACGCCGUGGGCACCGUCCAGUCCCACGUCAUCCUGCACGUGCAAGCCGCCCCCCAGAUCGCGGGGCAGCCAGAGGUGAAGGAGGUGUCCGUGGGAUCGGCGGCUGUUCUGCCGUGCCUGGCAUCCGGCUUCCCGGUGCCAGAGAUCACCUGGAGCAAGCUGGACGGGGAGCUGCCGGCGGGUGCCAGGGUGGAGGGGAACGUGCUGACCCUGCCGGCCGUGCGCCCUGAGGACGGCGGCGUCUACACCUGCACCGCCGGCAACCACCGCGGCCAGGAGACGGCCUACUACGUGCUCAAGGUCCAGGAGCACCUGGUUCCCUAUUUCGGGCAGUCGCCCCAGUCCUUCCUCCCCCUGCCCACCAUCAAGGACGCCUACAAGAGGUUUGAGAUCCUCAUCAGCUUCCGGCCUGAUGCUGCUGAUGGACUUCUCCUCUACAACGGGCAGCGGAAAAACAGUGGCGCCGACUUCAUCUCCUUCGGGCUGGUGGGCGGCCGCCCCGAGUUCAGGUUUGAUGCCGGUUCGGGCAUGGCCACCAUCCGUCACCCCGUGGCGCUGCGGCUGGGCCAGUACCACACCGUGCGGCUGCUCCGCAACCUCACCUGGGGCUCGCUGGCACUGGACGGGCACCCCCCCGUUAAUGGCACCUCCCAGGGGAAGUUCCAGGGGCUGGAUCUGAACGAGGAGCUGUUCCUGGGCGGGUACCCCGACAUCAGCGCCGUGGCCAAGACAGGGCUCAGCCGCGGCUUCAUGGGCUGCGUGCGCCAGCUCCGCAUCCAAGGAGAGGACGUGGCCUUUGGGGACAUGGACCUGCAGGCGCACGGUGUCACCAACUGUCCCACCUGCCAGGACCGGCCGUGCCAGAACGGCGGCGUGUGCCAGGACGACGAGAGUGGCACCUACAUGUGCCGCUGUCCCCACGGCUUCACCGGCAGCAACUGCGAGUACUCGCAGGCUCUGCACUGUCACCCAGAGGCCUGUGGGCCCGAUGCCACCUGUGUCAACCGGCCGGACGGGCAGGGCUACACCUGCCGCUGCCACCUGGGCAAGAGCGGGGACAGGUGCACUGAGGGGGAGGCGGUGAACGUGCCGUCCUUCGAGGAGGACGGAGCCUUCGUGUCGUACCCACCCCUCACCAACGUGCACCACGAGCUGCGCGUGGAGGCCGAGUUCCUGCCGCUGGCACCCGACGGGCUCCUGCUCUUCAGCGCCGGCAAAGCCGCCCCCGUCGAGGACUUCGUGGCCUUGGCCAUGGUCGGGGGCCACCUCGAGUUCCGCUACGAGCUGGGCUCAGGCCCGGCGGUGCUGCGGAGCACGGGCCCGGUGGCACUGGGACAGUGGCACUGGGUGACGGCCGAGCGGCUGAACAAGGACGGGACCCUCGUGGUGGAUGACGCGGCCCCCGUGAAACGCUCCUCGCCCGGCAAGAGCCAGGGGCUGAACCUGCGCAGCCCCCUGUACCUGGGGGGCACCGAGCCCCCGCUCCGGCCCCCCACCAACGCCUCCUUCCGUGGCUGCAUCGGAGAGGUGUCCAUCAACGGGAAGCGGUUGGAGCUGCGGGAGCGGUUCCUGCGCAGCCGGGGGGUCCGGCCCUGCAGGCACCGCGCGCCGUGUCGGCCGGGGACACGCGGUGAGACCCCGGGGGGACGGGGUGGGGGGACUGCGGGGGGUGUUUGUACACGUGUGUGUGUGCACUGUGUGUGUGUGUGUGUGCACUGUGUGUGUGUGUGUAGUGUGUGUGUGCACUGCUUGGCGCUGGCAGAGCUGGAGCACGACUGGCAGGAGGGCAGCGGGGGCGGCGACGCCCCAGGACAGUUCAGUGCCACGUUCCAGGACGGAUCCUACCUGGCUCUUCCCGGGCACCUCUUCCCCCGUGGCCCCCCUGAGGCGCCCGAGACCAUCGAGCUGGAGCUGCGGACGCUCAGCGCCCACGGGCUGCUGCUGUGGCACGGGAUGGAGCCCGGUGAGGGCGGCAAAGCCAAAGAUUUCCUGGGACUGGGGCUGAAGGAUGGGCACCUGGUGUUCAGUUACCAGCUGGGCAGUGGCGAGGCCACCAUCGUCUCUGAGGAUCCCAUCAACGAUGGCGAGUGGCACCGGGUGACAGUGACCAGGGAGGGCCGGCGUGGACAGCUCCAGGUGGACGGGGAGGAGCCGGUGAGUGGGGAAUCCCCCGGAUCCAACAUCAUGGCCAACACCGAGGGCAACGUCUACGUGGGCGGAGCCCCGGACCCCCGCGCCCUCACCGCGGGCAAGUUCAGCUCCGGGAUCUCGGGCUGCGUGCGGGGGCUGGCGCUGGAAUCCGCCGGGAUCCCCCCCCACCCCAUCGACCUGCGGCACGGCGCCGUGGGGGGGGCCCCCGUGCCCCCCUGCCCCUCAUAACGCCCCCCUUGGGACACAGUUUGGGGGGAAUUUGGCCGAUUUUACUCUUUUCCAAAAAACGAAAAAAACAAAACCGCCAGGAGGAAACGGUGCUUCGCUGCCCCGGGGUGAGCCCGGGGGGGGGCCGGGACCCCCAAAAAUGUUUACACCCCCCUCCCAGCGGCCCCCUCGAAGCUGUGCCGGGGCGGCCGGGCCGCCCGGGGGUCCCCCCGGGGUGGUGCGGGGGGGGGGCGCGAGGGACAAUCGGGGUGCUGGGGGGACCCC